GACACCUCCCUGCUGCCAUCGUUCACCAUGACAACAGCUGCAGCUGGAGCUCGGGUUUGGCCCUCGGCCGGAGGUCCUGGUGGAGGUGCCGGCUCAGGCUGCUGCGUGGGCUGGACCUGCGUGGGCUGGACCGUGUGAGGUGGCAUUCCUCCUCUCCAGACCCCGGGGAGCCGUCUGCCUUCCUGACGGCGGCGGCCGAGUCCGGCACCAUGGACUUCCGAGCUCCGUCUGCGCUGGAGCGGCAGGAAGGCGAGUCACUGGAGGAAGUGGACCUGACCCUGGUCUACCAGGCGGCAGCGAGCGGCGACGUCCGGGCUCUGACCGCCGCCAUCCGGGAGGACCCGUCCGUCCUCGAGUGCUGUGACGGCGAAGGGUGCACGCCGCUGAUGCACGCCGUGUCCGGGCGCCAGGCGGACACGGUGAGGCUGCUGCUGAAGAUGGGCGCCGACAUCAAUGCCCAGGACGCCCGCGGCCGCACCAGCCUGUGCCUGGCGGCCUACCUGGGCUGGCUGGAAGGCUGCGUGAGCCUGCUCAGGAACGGGGCCAAGCACAGCGUCCCCGACAAGAACGGCCGUCUGCCGCUGCACGCGGCCACCGCGGAGCCCGACGCCAGGCUCCUGGCGGUCCUGGUGCAGCAGUCCAGCCUCAGCGAGGUCAAUCACCAGGACAACGAGGGAAUGGCGCCCCUCCACUGGGCGGCUUUCCACAGCCAGCCCCAGCACGCCCAGCUGCUGCUGCGGAAGGGGGCGGACCCCGCCCUCGCGGACAAGGACUUUAAGACGGCUCUGCACUGGGCAGUCCAGAGCGGGAACAGGACGCUCUGCGCCCUCAUCCUGAGCCACCGCCAGGGCCCCUCCAUCGUCAACUGCGAUGAUGAGAGCGGCAAGACCUGCGUGCACCUGGCCGCCGCCGCGGGCUUCAGCGACGUCCUCGCUGAACUGGCGAGGGUCCCCGAGUGCAACCUGCAGGCCCUGGACGUGGAGGACAGGACACCCCUGCACUGGGCGGCGGCGGCGGGGAAGGAGGCGUGCGUGCAGGCCCUGCUGGACCUGGGCGUAGACAGCGGCCUGCGAGACGUGCACGACGGCACGGCCCUGGCCUACGCGCUCCGCGGCGGCCACGUGGCCUGCGUCCAGCUCCUCUCCCGAGACAGCAGAGCGGAGCCUGCUCGCCCGCCGCCUCCCCAGCCCAGCAGGACCCAGAAGAAGGAGGGGCGGUUCGGCGUGCUCAACCAGAUCUUCGGCAAAGGCAAGAAGGAGGAGCAGAGGGCCUCUCCAGAGGGCGGCUGCCAGGACGCCCACCGAGGGAAGCCCCCCUCGGAAGUCGAUGACAUCAUCACCACCUUCGACAGCGUCCUGGGUACCAACUGCCAGGAGCAGCCUGGGGAUCAGGAGCCCAUGGUCGGCUUCAAAAAGAGGACCCCUGAGGAUUCAAAACACCUCUGGCCCGAGAAGAGGCCGCUGGCCCGCCAGGGGCUUCCACCAAUCAGGACACAGAGCCUCCCGCCCAUCACCGCGGGCAACAGCCUCCCCAUGGCCUGCUCUGGGGCCCCCUCCAAUACCGGCCCCGGCCCCGGCCCCCAGCACACGGGCCCACCGUCUCAGAAAAGCUGGAGCGAGCAGGACUUACUGCACAGCAGGCCGGGCGGCCAGGCGCCGCGGAGUGACCCCAGGCGCGGCGAUCCCCGCCAGGGGCUCUGCCAGGUGUGGCCGGCGUCCACGGCCGACCGGCUGCUGUGCGGCAGACCCAGGCCGCAGGACGCCCCGGGGCCUCCGCACCUCCCUCACCUGCACUGCCCCUCAGCAGGACAACACUUUCAGCACCUGUCCCCAAACGGAACCAAAGUCAGGGACCUCCCUUUCAGCCGGAACAGCCUGGCCCCGCUGCCCAACCACAAACUUCUGUCGGGAGGGCCUCUCCGAGCCAGCCGGGUGCUUCCCGCCAUUCGGAGCCACCGGGUUGCGAGCCCAGCAGCUCGAGGGAGUGACCACGCUGCCGCCACCCCCACCGCAGAUGGAGACUGAGCGCGGCCCGCCGGCGCGGACUGCGUGCACUUUCCCCGGUGCCAGGAGCAGCGUCCUCUGGCUUGUAGGGGCAGAGGCUAGCUUCGCGGACUGCACUCAGUGAGCCAUGCACAGUUUUGUAACUCUGAAUUCUUUAUUCCGAAUAAUGGCGUUUCCCACAGAAGCACCCAGAGCCUCUGACUGUGCCUUUAUUGUAAGCCUGUGCGUCUCUGGACUUCACCACGCCCCCACGAAACGCCAGGUUACGCAUCAGCGGGGCUCCAGGCUGCGUCUGGCUCGCUGUGUGUCCCGGGCUGCUGUUUAUCCUGGAUGAUGUCACGUUUUGUUUUUCGGAGUCUGCUUUGCUGAAUAACAAACAGAACAGCACAUUCUGCCAUUGUUCCUCGCAUUUAUUGUGAUUCUGCCUUGUCAUGAUGAAAUUUCGUUAAAAUUAAAGUAGUAAAUUCCUUACCUGGUCACAGUUUAUGACUUUUAAAUGUGUGGUCUCUGGCCAAACAUUUUC